AUGAGCGAUCUACGCAUUCACGCGGCACUUUCGCCGCGUGUGGCUGUGCUCUCCAGUCCCGACGUUGACCGUGUCAUUCAGCUCAAUGCAAUCCCGGAUCUGCCGACGCUCUUGAGACCCUUCGAGUUUUCAGUGGAGCGUCUUUCAGUGCGCACGUCACAGCUGGAAACGCGCAUCUGCGACCGCUUUCCUCUUCGCUUCGACCCGUACUCGCUCUUCAACUCGGAUGCCGCACGCGCCAUCGGCUCGCCGCAGUCGCAAGCAGCGCCAAGACCGUCAGCCGUGGGUCAGUCCCACGAAGAGUUGCUGGAUCGCGUCAAUCAUCUCAUCGCCACCAACAUUAAAAAGUGGGAUGCUCAAGUGCCGCGACCAGUAUCAACAACCAGCGAAUCGCAGCAGCAGCAGCAGCAGCAGCAGCAGCAGCAGUCCAAGGGUCACGAUGACGAUGACGAGCAAAGAGAGGACCGAACCCAACAACCUUUGGACGAUAUGCUCGAAAAGCUUCGACGAGGCUCGCUCCAAGAGUUCGCUCCUUGGUUUGACGCCGUUCAGCAGCUCGUAUUUGGUCAGAGGACGAUCGCCAAGCACGAAUCGUUUGGCCAUCCUGUUGCGGUUCUCCUCGCUGUCUCGUCGGCUUCACCGGACCCCAUGAACGACUUUGCAAAGCUGUACGAAGCCACGUCCCAAGCUUCUCCCUUCCCGGGCCACCCUUACAUCAACCCAGACACGCUCAAGUACUAUGUGCUCAUUCACGACGUCCGCACCUCGGGUACCGACCUCGCCAGUUCCAAGGAGAUCUUGGAGCAGGUCAAGAAGACGUAUGGCCUGCAUUGCUGCAUGUUGACAAUCAAUAGCGCUUCCGACGACCGUGCCACCCCGCCGGCCGAGCUGACUUCACUGUGGGCACCGUAUCUGCCCUCGAUGCCAACGUCGCCUGCACCGACGAGCCCGACACCAGGCUCGACGUCGUCGAAUGUGGCCGCGCUGCUUGACGAAGAAGACGUCAAGCGCAUAAAAGGCUUCAUCCGCGAGCUGACCGCUCAGUCCAUAGUUCCCUUCAUGGAGAGAUAUGUUCAGCACAUGGGAGACCACUUGGCCAACUCACGCAAAGGCCUCACGAAUCGGCUGUUCGGCGCAUCUCGCAAGCUCUUUGGCGGUGUAGCGAGUGGAUCGAGCGGCGAUAAGAGCGGAGGAGGAGCAUCAACCCCGGGCGGCCUUGCCACGUCUGGCGGCUACGACCCGCACCAUGACUUCUACCCAUGCACCUCGAUCGAAGCCCAAACACGCCGGCUGGCCGACUUCGCCUUUACAAUACGGGACUACAAGCUGGCUGCUUCCAUGUAUGACCUCGGGCGCAAGGACUUUGCAAGCGAUAAAGCGAAUCGGCACACCGCCGGUGCCACCGAGAUGUUCGGCCUGUCGCACUUGAUGAUCAUGUACACUUCACGCAGUGCACCCAUCGACGUCGACAGCUACUUGGCCCAGGCUUGCUGCGAGUACGAUCUGCGCUCGUCUGCUCGCGGUUCUAACCCCUCGGUGGAAGACAACCUCGCUCUGAGAGCGACGCUGCUCUACUACGAAGCCUACCGGAUGCUGGGCUACAUGCGACCUGCACCAGCGGGGUUGCUGCGCAUGUCUCAGCGAUCCGAUGAGGUGCUGGCGCCGCUUCUGCUCGAGCAGGCUGCAUUGGCGUGUCUUCAGUUGAGACCGAAGCCCUCGCUGCGCAAGUUUGCAUUGUAUCUUGUAACGGCAGCCCACAAGUAUCAGGCUUGCGGGCAGAAGAUUUUGUCGCUGCGAUGCUAUGCUCAAGCUGCCGUUGUAUAUCGUCAGAAGGGCUGGGCGCUCAUCGAAAAUCAUAUCGAACACGAGCUGGGCAUGCAAGCGUAUAACGAGGGCGAUUCGGACGCUGCAGUAUCGCAUCUCAUCAAACUCAUCCGCCCGAGCGCCAACUCGAGUAACGAACAUGAACGCUUUUUGCAGGAUGUGCAAACUGCGUACAAGUACUCGGGUCAGGCGGGACAAGGCAGCGGCUCAUCGGCGCUGGGCCAGGGAAUCAAAUCGCUCGUUCUGCCCUUUCACAUCUUUGACGCGGCGGGCGCGGUGUUGCGCUUCCUUCCAGAAUCGAGCGCAUCGGCAACAGCAACGGUGGAGGACACCGUCUGGGAUAGGCUUGAGGAGCAGCUCGUGGAGCAUGGGUUGAAUGAACGUACGCUGCCGGAUGGGUCGAAGAAGCGACGCAAGCAGCCCACGAGCCAGACGUCGACCCAGGCAAGGCAGGUGCCCGUGCGGCAAACGUUUUGGCUUGAUGUCGAGGUCCGUAAUCCACUGGGUGUCGAUCUGACCAUCGACAGGAUACGUCCAGUGUUGAAGAUCGACAGCUCCUCGGUCGAAGGCGACCCGGAUGCUACAGAGCUCGGCGAGGACGACUUUGAAUCCGAGGACGCAGGCCAGUGCGCUCUAGGUCCUUUCCAGUCUCGCAGGAUCAGAGUAGCGCUACGCGUCAACAAGGAAGCCAAAAGCCUUCGCAUCGCUAGCAUCCGAUUCAGACUUGCAGAAACGAUCGAUCUCAGUCAGCCCCUGGACAAAAAGGGGCCGCGACUCAACAAGACCAAGGAGCACAGGACGUCGAUCGUAUACGGUCCGGAUCUUAGCUUGGCCAUCUCAGUCCACGGCCCUCGUCCCACGCUGACCGCAAAGAUCCUCAAUUCGCCUCAGCAGAUUUUCGUUGGGGAAGCGGUGCGUCUCAAAGUGCUGUUGAAGAAUGAAGGGGGUGUGCCGAUCGACGAUCUGCGGGCGUUGUGCGACCAGCCUGAGGCCGCAAUUUUUGGUGGUGGAAAGGAUGCGGUCGGAGGCCAAGAGACGAUGCCGAACCAUCUGGGUGCGGCUGUUCCGCGAGGUGUGCUCGAUCUUGAGGGGCACGCAAAGCUGGAACCGGGACAGGAGGUGGAAGUUGACCUGAUGGUAAGAGCGGUCCGCACGGGAGACGUAAGCCUCGCCUGGCUGCUGCCCUUUUCGUCGGAGGAUGGCGAGACGUACCUUUCGCGAUUGGCAUUUUUCACGCGUGCAGUGCCUGCGGUGCAAGUAAACGUGCAGACGAGACCACCCCCCCGCACCGCAUGCUUGCACGAAGUCACGAUUGAAGCACAGAACUUGUUGGAUCACGACGAAGUGCAACUGCAUUCGCUGUCCGUUCUCAGUCCCCGCUGGACGCUCGUCAGCGACUCCAGCGAGGUGGGUUCGGUCGUGAUUGCGCCAAGGCAGAUCUGGCGUGGUCGAGUGCGCAUCGAGCAACGCGAGGGUGGUCAGGGUGGUACGGAGGACGAGCAGUAUACUGCGACAAAGCUGCAAGAUCUCCUGCUCAGUCGAGAUACUCGCAGACCUGCGCCGUCUGACAUCAAGAUUUCGCUGUCGACGCAAGAGUACGCUUCCGAUGGAGCUCACGCUGGUAUGGGACCGUUAGUGCUUCACACGGAGGCACGCAAAGUGUGGCGCACCAAAUCGUUAGCUGCCGUCUACCGCACGAUGGCAGCGCGCGAUCGUCGAGCUGCAUUCACGCUCUGGGAGCCCCGCGAUCUCGACGUGGUCGUACAGUUCAGCGUCAACGCCCAAGGUGAUCCUCCGACAGCAAGGCGAAAGGGGCAAGUGGCGGUGUACGCUCUGCAACCAGGACCGCUGCGCAGCCAGAUCCGAGCGAUCACGCACCCGCCACAAGCUGCAGCCAAGGGCGGCGCGGGUCAGAUCCGCAGCCUCUACGCCGAGACGAUCAAGGAGAAAGCGAGUCUGUUGGCAAACAUCCUUUCGAGUCGCAUCAGCGUGGACCAGUGUCCCGUCAUAGUGCAUGUCGAGUCGUCCACAUCCUCACAGGCGUCGGUGACGGAGAAGUAUAGGUUUGUGGUGCGCAACUUUUCGGAUCGCUACACGGCAAGUGUGCGGAUACAGCUGGUGGACAAUACUUCUGCUGCAUUGGCACCGGGUCAGGGGGCGGCAGAAGCGGCGGUGGUGCAGGCUAGUUCUUCGGGAAGCAGUGUCUGGGUGGGGAGGAAAACGCUCAGGUGCACGUUGGAGGCUGGGGGCGUGGCAGAGUUGGUUGCGACGAGGAAGGGUGGGGUGGAUGCAGGAGGGGUGAGGUAUGUCGUCGACACGCAGUCUUUUCUGGGUAAUGGCGAGGGAGAGGGGUUGGGAGAGCUCGUCGGGCGGUAUGUCGAGCAUCACUAG